GUGCCCCUGGCCCUGAGGCGACUGGCGUGGACCCAGAAGCGGAGAGGCGCUUCAAGCUGUCACACUCCAUUGAUGGGAGCCAGUUUGCCCAGGCCCCGGCGGCAACUUGCACUGAGGAAGAGCGGACCUUUGCGGACGAGGUCCCAUCCGUCUGCAGAGUCCACAUUCGGCAGGAGAUCCUGUUGGCUGACUAUGAGGAUGAUGCCGCGGAGACAACGGAGGCCCAUCGCAGAAGGGUGGAGGAGCAGCAACCUUCACAGUCCUUCCAGAUCUUCCACCCGGAGGCGGCCAAGGCCCUUCGCAUUCAGUCUGAGGCCCUUCAAGGCCUCUCUGCUGCUGACCUCAAGGCGGAGCGCGCCCAAUCAGAGGAGGCUGAACGCGAGGAGAAGGCGGACCACGUGGCCCAGUUGCAGGCCACCGUCUUGGCACCCAUUCAGGAGGGCAUGCAGUCGGUCCCGGACAGCCAGGUACGGAACUCCGGCUCCGACCUCCUACGGAAGGUCAACCUCCUGGACUUCAAAGCCGCUUUGAAGAAGAGGAUGCUGGAGGAAUCAUCUGAGGCCUCCCUUCAGGCGGCCGUCGCCUCCAUGGAGAAGGCCAAAGCGGCGAACAAACAGAUCCAAGAUCAGGGCACGGCCUUCAUGGAAAAGUCCCGGACCCCUCGGACAUGUUGCAGCACUACCUUCCGGCCAUGCGGGCACGAACCCAUGGGCGGAGCACCCCAAACUUCUGGAGGAGAUGCCCGACCUCAAGCACACAGUGGCUACGCGCGGCAUGUGGGGAGGCUUCAACUCCUGGUGCCAUUGGCCCAUGCAGCGGUGACCUGCCCUGGCAUGGCGACCCUCAAUGAGAUGGAUGAGGAGGCGAGGAAAUUGGCCAUGCUGCUUUGGGCCCUGAAGGUACAUCGUGGUGAACUUCGAAUGUUUGGUGGCGUCUGGCGCCGGGUGCCUGAGUUCAGCCCGCCCCUCCCGGACUGGGCACAGCCAAAACCUGGUGCACUCUCAGCCAAGGAGGUGGACAGAUACCGGGCAUUGGAGAGGAGUCGGGGAGGCAGCCGCUUCCUGCAAAUUACCGAGAAACACUGGGGAUCCCUAGCCUCCCUCCAGCUGGUGUUGGAUGAGCCACCAGAGGCGCUCUACAACAAGUGGAUCAAGGAACGCAUGGAGUUCUACAAGCGGGUGGAGCCCUGCGCGGCCCCCGAGCGCCUUGAGCUGGUGGGCAAGAUGAACCACCGCAUGCGGUUCAGCACCAGCAACAAUCUUGGGGCCGUGUCGGAUGCCAUCUGGCAGGUCAUCUUGAGCAAUGAGGAGAUGAAGGGCAUCAGGGCGAUCCAGCAGGUGGCCCAGAAGGUCACGGCAGCUGCCUGA